GCCUCCUUAAACAUAAUCCUCCUUCAAAUGUGCCCCCAAAACUUAGGGACAAAUAAGGCUAAAAGUGUGGAUUUGUUCAAAACUGCACCUUCCUUAAGCAGAAAACAUUCUCUGUGCAUCAGAUGAAACUUUGUCAAGUUUCAAGAAGAGAAUCGGCUUUGCAGAUAACGAUGAGACCAUAGGCAACAAAUCGGAAAAGCCAACAACAAAUUGGCUUUUGCUCAUAAGCAGCUGAGUAGAGUAUACAAAAAAGCCGACUGCAGCAAAAAUGGGGCAGGGGGACUACCUGGCGGACGCUUGGGAAAAAGAAGAGAUUGCGUACAUUAUAGAACGAGAACUUAUCAUCAGUGCCCCCCAUAUGACAAAAGCAAUUUUCAGGUAUGUGAAGCUGAAGGCCACAAUUGAUAGCUGGGAGACAAAGAAGAAGAAAAAAGAAAAACACAAAAUAGAAAGAGCACAGGCUGAAUUGGACAAAAGAAGAGCAAAAUACAUAAAGAGCUACAAUGACAAAAUCACAAGAAUCGAAGUAAUUGCACGACGAGCUCGAGAACAGGCAGACGAGGAUAAAAAACAGGAGGAGUUCGAAGUGAAAGAGAAGGCAAAUAAAAUCAGAUUGACUGGAAAAAUCCCAGCAACUUGCUUCUGCUUCUAAAUUUAAACAAGGCCCUGAUCUCGUUUAACUUUACAAAAUGUUGCAAAUGUGUGUGUGGUGUUUAUUACUGUCAUUAUGUUCUAACAGAGCAGUGUAACUAACUCAGGCAAUGAAAUUCUUGAGUUUGCAAGACAAUAAGUAACUUAAAAGCUGAC